UGGCCUGAGAGCCGAGUCUUACCCCAGUGCGCAUGCCCGUAGUACCAUCCGCCCGCUACCCGCAACAACAACAACAAAGAAAGCGGACGGCGCGGAGAGGUGACGUCAUUACCGCAACGGGGAAACGUAAUUUGAAGCGACCGGCGGCUGAAAUGGGCAAAAAACACAAGAAACACAAAGGGGAUAAACACGGAUAUGAGGCAAAAACAGACGUGCGGGGAGCCGAAUAUGUGGAAAAGCCACUAAAACUUGUUCUGAAAGUGGGAACCGGAGAGGUGAAGGAACUGUCCACUGCUCGUGCCGCAGCUCUCCCCCAGGGCUUCCAGGAGGAUAAAUCUGACCAUGAAAAACACAAGGAGAAAAAGAAAAAGAAGAAAAAGAAAGGGGAAAAGGAUGUAAAUCCAAGUGAGGAAAAGAAGAAGAAAAAGGAUGAUAAAAAGAAGAAAGAUCGAAAUCAACAGGCAAAUGAUGCUGACAAAGAACAAGAUAACCAUUCUCCACUGAGACCAGAUAUAGCAGCAGGAUCUGGUCCAGAAUCCUCCCUGUCAAAGCCAGAAGAAGAGCAAACUCCACUUCAAGAAGCUUUGAAUCAGCUAGUAAGACAACUACAAAGGAAGGAUCCUAGCAACUUCUUCUCUUUCCCUGUCACCGACUUUAUUGCUCCUGGUUACUCCAUGAUUAUAAAGAAUCCAAUGGAUUUCAGCACAAUGAAAGAGAAGAUCAGGAAUAAGGAAUAUGAAUCACUAGAAGAGCUUAAGGAAAACUUCAAGCAGAUAUGCCACAAUGCCAUGAUUUACAACAAGCCUGGGACGAUAUAUCACAAAGCUGCCAAGAAGCUGCUUAACUCUGGCAUGAAAAUCCUCAGUCAGGAGAGAAUUCAGAGUCUAAAGCAGAGCAUCGAGUUUAUGGCUGACCUUCAGAACGAUGGGAAAGAUAAAGAAAAGACAGAUUUGCUGGGGAACGGAGAGAAGGUAGAAGAAGAUACAAAUGAAGAGUCAAUGGACACGUGUGAAGUAACAGCUCUCAGAAGUCCAAGCAGGGAUGUGAAAAGGAAGGAUAAAGAUCAGCUAGAGGACAAACAGAAAGUCGGUGAAGUCGCAUCUGAAAAGGAGCAGGAGGAGAUCGAUCAGAUAAUUAAAGACUCACUCGGCAAAUUAUCAAAGAGACAGAUAAGCAGCCAGGUCGAGUUUGAAAGGAGGAAAGCUGACGGCACAACAACACUAGCCCUGCUUAAUCCUGGGGAGUUAUAUCCUGGAGAACCUGGUUCUGCCAUCCUUGGUCCCGCAGCGGGCCGGCUUCAGUCUGGAGUUAAUUCACUGCAAGGUUUCAAAGAAGAUAAACGUAACAAGGUGACUCCAGUUCUGUACUUGAAUUACGGACCGUUCUCCUCCUACGCUCCAUGUUAUGACUCAACAUUUGCAAAUGUAAGCAAAGAUGACUCUGAUCUGAUUUACUCGACCUAUGGAGAUGAAUCCAGUCUUCAGGGAUCUUUCAGCAUCCAGGAGUUUUUGGAGAACACUCAGGACCCACCAUAUGGGAUGGCGGACUGCAUUCUUGAUGCAUUCACCGAUGGAGAAUAUUCCAGAGUACAGAGAGAGCAAGACAUGGCGGACGCAGGAGCCAGUGAUUGUUCAGCCACGCCAGACUGUAUCAGUACCUCUGACCAGUUUGCGUAUUUGAAAUCUGUCUUUGGUCUGGGACUGUUUGACGAGACCUUUGACUCAGUAGAAGCAGAACGGUUCCAAAAGAAGCUUGAUGAAACCACCGGUCUUCUCAGAGAACUCCAGGAAGUACAGAGCGAAAGGCUAAGCACCAAACCUCCUCCAAACACAGUCUGCCUUCUUGCCCCGUCUGCCCGGGAAACACAGCUUGCGGAUCGCGUAAACGAGAACCUGAAAGAACUGGCACAGCAAGUGCAACCAGGAGAUAUUGUGAGCGUUGCAGGUAUCCGGAAAGCUAUGGGGAUCUCUGACCUUCUCUCGGGAGCAGAAGACUCCAUGAUGGAUUUGACAACAGAUACACAAGAAAAUGAAACAUUCCCUAGAAACCGAAAAGAAUGCCAACCAGUCUCAGCGUAGACAAAUGCAACCCCGUGACUUGUAAAUGAAUAUACGAAAAAAUCUUUUAAUGACAAUAAACCAGAGGAUUGUGUUUUUCAUAAA